AUGCCUUUACAUGAGUGUUCGUCGAAUUUCCGCUCCAAGGAACCGGCGACAUUUCGACCCCUUGCCAACCGAAGAAAAGAUGGUAAGGCCAACAUACAUGACAUGGCCGUCUACUUAUUACGGGCCGAAACGUUACCGUCGGCGCGGAUGUAUCCCUCGGCACAAGCCGAUAGUAAUUUGAGUGCUGAAGCCCUUCCCCUCACAUAUCGGGGAACCAUUCUCGCUUCGGCCUUCGUCCAAAAUAGUUACCACCUGCAUCUCAACCGCUGUCAGCCAGAUCCCGGAUUUGAUAUGACAGAGGCGAUUGAAGACUCCACCAUCCAUUUUUGGAACCAGGGUAAGACAAUGUCACUUGGCAAAAUGCUCCUGCGACCGCAGCUGCACUGGGAGGCCUUUGUG